AUGGAAAACGCACAGCCACGCAUGAAGAAGAGAAAGGUAAAUAAAGGGGUGUUUGGGGUUUCAGUUCCACGAGAGAUAAUCUGGGAGAUACUGAAAGAACUUCCUGUGAAAACCUUACUGAGACUCGGGUGUGUUUCCAGGCAGUGGCGCUCCAUAAUUGACGACGAUCCACUCUUCGUUGAGUCGCACCAUAAUCGGUCCAUCACUCGGCCCGACGGCAUCAACCUUCUGUUCCUGACAAAAAGAGAUUGGAAUUGGCAACUCUACUCCCCAGAUCCAAAAGGCGGCCCAGCCCUUCACCUUCUAUCUGUUCCCAUCAAUCUAGACGGGGAAUUUCCUUUGUAUUCCGUCAACGGCUUGAUCUGUUUUGGGAACUGCAUAUGGAACCCUAGCACCAAACAACGCAUAGCAGUUCCAGGCGCUAGGAUAAGGAGUCCAACUAUUGAGAUGCGAGGAGAAAAUCUAUUGAUGGUAAAAUCCUUGUACCUUCUAGGGUUUGAUCCUUCCAGUGGAAAACACAAAGUACUCAACAUUAACCAAAUUACAUCUCAAGACGAAGGUGAUGAGGAGGCCCAAACUCAGUUCAAGGUUUUGACUCUCAGUCGCGGCGGCGCCUCCACCACAUGGAGAGAAUGGAGAGAUAUUGAUGUUGAUAGUGAUACUGAUGAUUCUACUGUUGCAUUCAUGGCGGCAAAUAGCUACUAUUCACCUGGAUCCGGCCCCCCUAAAACAGCCUGUUGUAUCAAUGGUAUUAUAUAUUGCCUAGGAUAUACGUUCCCCCUAAAACAGCAUGUGAUACUGGCUUUCGAAGUUGGACCUGAGAGUUUCAAAAUUAUGCCACUUCCCAAAGGAGCCAAAUCAAUUUCUUUUUUUACAGUCGAAGUAGGAGGAGGACGUCUGGCUUUGAUAAAUCAUGAGGUGACCAAAAUUUGGAUACUAGAAGACUAUGACAAGCAACUCUGGAACAUGCAUACACUCGAAGUCAAUGGCAAAAGAAAAAGAAGUCCAAUACCAAUUGGUAGUACUGGUGGUGGUGAUCUUUUAUUUCAUGAUUUCAAAUCAAUGUUUUUCUAUUAUGAUAUUGAAAGUAAAAGAAUGAGGAGGAAGGACUACUCCGACCUAAAAUUACAAGGAAAUAUGGCAUCAGGGUCCGUCUUCAUCAAGCAUGUGGAAACCUUAUUUUGAUUGAUCACUGCAACACCUUUUAUCCAUAAUAGGUUUUUAUUUUGGUUUUAUAGUAAUUCUUUUUUUGAAGUUUUGGAACAUCCAAGAAAUUUAUUUGCAACAUCAAUUUUCCUGAUGGAUUUAUUUAUUUUUGUUGGUACAAGUCUUUAAUAUAAGUGAUUCAUUUUGGCUUUUAGAUCUCUAUUAAUUGCUCUAGAAGGCAAUUCAAAAUUGAUCCCAUCCAUUAUAGAACAUGUGGAUUUUUGUAUAGAUGUAUAUAUCAAUGCCUAGAUAUAACAUCAUUAUGUGGACUUUUGUAUGGCUCAAAAAAAAAAAAUAAAGGAACUAUGUAAAUUUUAUUUUUCUCAACUUAAAAAAGGCGAUUCGGUACCUAUUUUAAUUAUUGCUCCCCCUGCAACAAUACUAUUUGUACGUAUUCUGAUAAAAUUCACAAAAAUCAGUUUGUUUUAUCAAUGAUACUGUGUAUUGUCUAGGUACGAUUGGCAACUCAAACCAAUCUGUCCGAGAGAAUUAGAUUUUGGUUUCAACUGUCAAGGAUGCUUGCAAUUGUAAUUCGUGACAUUUCUUCUGCUGAAUCUAAAAUAAAGGAAUUAAUAAAAAAAACAUGGUUUAUAACUAAAUGACGUACGAGUAAAUAAUUCCAAAUAUUUAGUUCCUCAAGGUGUAAAACUACUGCUACAUACAACUCUUAAAUCUUAAAAAAAAAAAUAUUUUGUUUCUUCCAAUCAGAAGUGACUGAAUAUGAAAAUAUAUAUAAAUUAGUUAAAGUUAUUUGAUAUAUUGCCUUUGAAUGGAUGGUUUAGCUUUUGAAUAUUUUGUUUGUAGCAAUUACAAAUUUUGUUUUGGUUGUAAUUUCUUUGAUAUUGGUCUUCCCCGUCUGGGGCUCACUAUAAAUCCUUCAACCUUAUAUACAAGCUUAUCUUUUAAAAAAAAAAAAAAAACUGGUCAAACAUCUUUCUACUGCCCAAAUUAGUGUCCACAGAGAUCAACAAUAUAUGCAUGAAUUUUUGAAUUUUCUUUAGGCUGGUUCCGUUUCUUCCUGGAGUCAUCUUGUUUGGAUUUCAAUAUCAAGUCCUCGCCAUAAGUUCGUACUAUGGUUAGGCCAUCUCCAGCGGGCUAGCUUAAGCCCAUUUCCAGCGAGCCAAAUGGACUAUUCCUUCUCCAGCGGGCUAGCUAAAGUGAAUGGGCCAGUAGCGAUCGGGGGCCGACUCGCGAUAUUAAGCGAGCCGGCUCGCGAUCGCUGCCCAUUUUUUUUUUUGUUUUUUCGGCUUUAAAAACGGCGUCGUAUUGGCUGCCUAUUUUGUCUCAUCUGCAUAAUGGUGGAACACAUAAUUAUUUUAAAAAAA